GUGAUAGUGGUGGUGAUGGUGGCAGUGGUGGUGUUGUUAGUGACGGUUGUUGGGUUUACUUUUAAAUAAACUUUUGACAUAGCAACAUUGUUUAUUCCAUUGUCUUGCUUCCAACCACGGAGACACAUUUGGAUCCGUUACAUUAUUUGAGGCAUUCCGACAUCCAAAUGCCAAUAUGACUGAGAUCUUUCAAAUCAGAUAUUAGAAAUAUCGUACUGAACAUAUCUGAUUGAUUUAUAUUUCUACUCCAGUUUUCAAAACCAACACACACUGCAACAUCAACAGGACGACCACCAGCAAAACAAAAGCAACAUAAACGGCAACCCAAAAAGUAAGUUAGAUAUUUUCCUGAUAAUUUAAUAAUGGCCUACUCACGUGUUACAAAAUGGGACCAGGUUUUUCAGGACGCUAUUCAUGGAUCUAUGGAGCUUCCGCCACUCUGUGUUGAUAUUAUGAAUACAACACAAUUUCAGAGAUUACGUAAUAUAAAACAAUUAAGUUUGGUUAAUUACGUUUAUCCAUCGGCUUCACAUAAUAGAUUUGAGCAUUGUCUAGGAACGUGUUACCUAGCUGGGAAAAUGGUUCGCCAUCUUAAACAGCAAAAUCCCGAUCUGGAAAUAUCUGAUCGAGAUAUGCUUUGUGUUGAAAUUGCUGGUUUAUGUCAUGAUUUAGGACAUGCGCCUUUUUCUCAUGUCUUUCAAGAAAUUAUCAACGAGUAUCGCAAGAAAGCUGGAGGUGAAGAGUGGGAACAUGAAGAUGCAUCAUGUGAAAUGUUGGAGCAUCUUUUUAAAGAGAACGAAGAUAUUAAAGUUGAGCGUAAUGAAAUUGAUUUCAUAAAAGAUCUCAUUACUGGUAAACCAGAAAAAUCUCAGAGACCAAAAUUUCUUUACCAAAUCAUCAACAAUAAAUCCUAUAACAUCGACGUUGAUAAAUGGGAUUACCUAGCUAGAGAUUCCCAUUUUCUUGGUUUUGGAAAAUCCUUUGAUCACGAAAGAAUGAUGAAAAUGUCCAAAGUAAUAGGUGAUCAAAUAUGCUACAGAGACAAAUGUCUUGAUAAUUUCUAUGAUAUGUUUUAUGCACGAUAUCGACAACAUAAAACUGCUUGCAAACACAAAACUGCUCUUCUUUUUAAUAAACUACUUGAUAAAGUUUUCAACUCUGCCAAUGAACAACUACAAAUUUUCGAAAAGGUCGACGAUAUGAAGGAGUUUACUUAUUUUACAGAUAGUAUUUUGGAGGAGAUAUUAAAGAAUGAGGAUAAUGAAAGUCUCAAAGAGGCCCGGAAGAAAUUGAAGGAUAUAAUCUAUCGGUCUUAUAAAUACAAAGGCACAAAUGAAGAUGAAAAUGACCAGGACGGAAAACAUGAGAAAAUAUUCUGUAAAGCUGUUUUUGAUUUUGGAGCUGGAAGCGAAAACCCAUUAGAGAAGAUACCAUUUUAUAGAAAAGAUGAAACCGAAUCAUUCACGUAUAGUCAAGAAGAAUUAGACGAGAGGCUUUUGCUGCCAAGCAAAUUUCAAAUGGAAAUCUGUCACUGUUUUGAAAAAAAGGUGGAAGUCCAAAAAGAAGGAAGCCUUAAGACCAAUUAAUGAAAACUAGGAAAUAAAAAAUCAAACAAAGACAAAAAAAAAAAGAACAAUAUGAAGAAACAAA